AUGGAAAAAUACUUUAAACGUACAUCUACGAUUUCCUGUGAUGAACAAAAUAUCGGCGAAAGGAAUGUUCGAAAGAAAAGGGAUGAAAAAGAUGUUGGGGAUGUUGAUGUUGAUGUUGGAUUUGGGGAUAUUGGAGACGUUGGAAAUGUUGAGGAUAUUGGAGAUAUUGGGGAUAGUAGAGGAAAUGUUGAGGAUAUUGGAGAUGUUGGACAUGUUGGGGAUGUUGAUGUUGCACAGCCUCCCUCUGAUCCUGGAUUGAGAGUUCCAAUACAGAAUUAUGAUGUUAAUAUUCGAGAUGUGAUUCGAACAGCAUAUAUGCAAAGAGGUCCUUGUCAGCCUCGCAAUCAUAUAUUUCCACCCACAAGAAUAGGUAAAAUAGACCGACGAUUUUGUGUUUCGUGGUAUAAUGAGCAUCCCACUUGGUUGGAAUACAGUAUAGCAAAGGAUGCAAUUUUUUGCUUUUAUUGUUAUCUUUUCGGUUUGAAUGAUGGUUCAUUUGUUAAAGGUGGAUUUUCAAAUUGGAAAAAGAAAGAAUAUAUAAGGAAACAUGUUGGGGCUUCAAGUAGUUCACACAAUCAAGCUCGGGUCAAAUAUGAAUUGUUCAACAAUCAAGAACAAAGGAUGGCAUUUCGUGGACAUGAUGAAUCUGAAGAUUCAAACAAUCAAGGAAACUUUCUUGAACUGUUGCAUUGGUUGUGUGAUCAUAAUCCUGAGAUUAAGGCCGUUGCUUUGACAAAUGCACCUGAAAAUUUGAAAUUAACAUCACCAAGAGUGCAAAAAGAUAUUGUAAGUGCUAUUGCUUCUGAAUGUCUACAUGUGAUUAUCGAAAAUAUUCGUGAUAGUUUCUUCUCAAUUUUAGUUGAUGAAUCUCGAGAUACUUCUAUGAAAGAGCAAAUGUCAGUUGUCAUUCGUUAUGUGAAGAAUGGGUGUAUAUUGGAACAUUUUAUUGGUGUCAUUCAUGUUUUGAAUACCACAGCUGCCUCACUUAAGGCUGCAAUUGAUUAG